GAUUAGUUGCCAGCUUGGAGACGGUGAAAGUACUUUUUCAGUGCAAGUAGAACUUUAGGGUAGGGGUUUCUCUACUGCUAAGCAAAGAAGAAAAUACAGCAUAGGGAGGAGAGAGAAAAAGGAGAGAGAAAGCUCGUCUCUCUCAGCCCUUUGUUUGUUUGUUUGUUUGUUUUGGAGCUCUGGUGUUGAGCACAGUGAUCGUCAAGAUCAUCUUUUAUUGUUUUUAUAAUCAGUUAUACACUGUAACUUUUAUUUGCAUUCAUCGAUUCCUUUGAUGUAUUUUAAUGCUAAAUCUGUUAGGCUCUGUAGAAAAUUUUGAUCGAUUCAAUAUUUUGUUUACUUGUUGUUAAGGAAUAGUCAAUCAACUAACGGAUUUUCAGGUAUAGAAACACUAAUUAGAAGCCGUCUUCGAUUUUUGGAAGUUUUUGAUUCCGUAUAAACAAACCCUAGUUUUUAUGGCUACAUCUACUACUGGCCCGGUUCAUAACUCUCACCGGAAUACUACAUCGGAAACCGGUGGUUCCAACCGCCAACAGGAGUCUCCGCGAUCAUCAGCCACGCGUGGCGUUUCCUCUCCAUGGAAGCAGGUUGUUCGCAUUGGUGAAUCAGAAUCUACCAUUGCGGUGACCUCCUCUUCACCUCCACUUUCUCCUCAGGGGUCUUGUGAGCAAGACGUUCACUCCUCUGAUUGUUCGCCUCCUGAACAAGUGGCGACAGCCGAUAGUGCGUCUUCGUUAGAUGCCACUACAGAAGCUCAGAUUGAGAACUCCGAUAAUGGAAGCAGUGACGGCACCAACGGCAAUGGAGCUAAAAAGCAGGCUUGGAAUAAACCCUCAAAUGGUGCAGCCGAUCUUAGUCCUGUUAUGGGUGCUGUCUCUUGGCCUGCUCUCUCUGACUCCACCAAGGCUUCACCUAAAUUAUCUUCUUCUUCUUCUGAUUUACUCAAAACUCCGUCUAGAUCAGUUUCUCUAUCACAGGGCCCCGGGAUGGCAUCAGCUUCUCAUAGGCAAUCUAAUACUAACAAUGUAAACCCUGAUACAAUGCUGAACCAUGUUGUACCCAGCCGCCAAAGGUCUAUGAAGCGCGGUGGUGGUAAUUCAAACCAUAAUGCAUCAGCGAAUGGUGUCUUUUCUUCACAGCAGGCCCAAGGUUUUGAGGUGGAAACAGUCCUUAAUAAUUCUGGGAAGACAGGUAAUUCUGGUGUUGAGUCUUCUUCAAGGGAUUAUAGUCAUAGGGAUGGUGGACAAUGGGGAGGAUUUGGAGCUCAAUCACAUGGUGGAAUUGACCACCAACAUCAACGAAAUGCAAAUAGGAGGGGCAAUGUUGGUCCACAUCCCCGUGGAGAUGGCACAUAUCAGAAUGGUUACGGGGGUAGGCGUGAUCAGGAACGUCGAAAUCAGGAUUGGAAACCUCACAGAGGUUGGGUGAAUAGGGAUGCACACAUGCAGCCGCACAGAGGUCCAGCUAGGCCAUAUAUGGGGGCCCCACCUCAUACGUCUCCACCUUUUAUACCAACGCCCAUUCCUGUGCAGCCCUAUCGACCUCCCAUGGUUUACUCUGAAGUUCCAUCGGUAUUUUAUUUGCCAGGUCCAUUCCCUGAUUCAUUCAGAGGGCCUAUGUUUUCUCCUGUGCCCUUCUUUCAUGUUCCAGAUACCCAGUUGCAUACUAGAAUAGUGAACCAGAUGGAUUAUUAUUUCAGUAAUGAGAAUUUAAUUAAGGACACAUUCUUGCGACAGAACAUGGAUGAACAUGGAUGGGUUCCGGUUACACUAAUCUCAGGCUUCAAGAAAGUAAUGGAAUUGACAGAUAAUAUACAAUUGAUACUGAAUGCUGUGAGGUUCUCUACUGUUGUAGAAGUGCAGGGUGAAAAGUUAAGGCGGAGAAAUGAAUGGUUUCAUUGGCUCCUGCCGCCAUCGGUUCAAAAUUCAACUGUGUCAAAUCCUCAAUCUCUACAUAAGUCUACUCCUGAUUUACUUGUAGAAAAUUUCCAACGUGUUGCAUUUGAUGAUAAGACUGUAAGACAUGGAAAUGCCGAAGCACAUCUUAGUAGAUCAUCAUCUGCUGAAUUAAGUACUCCAUCUGAGCAGUUUGGCAAUGAGAUGGCCAGACAAGCUGGUGGUCAACAUUGGCAGCCAAUGCCGGUUGGAAAUCCAAGUUAAAGAGUUAACUGUUUUGUGGCCCCAGGGUUGGUGGCUAUUGUGCUUCUUAGAGCCAUCGAUGAGUUUAGUCUUUACUGUUGCUGUUGACAAUAGCGUCUCAUGAAGGAAUUAGACAGGGAAUAAAAGAGAACAGAAUUAUAAUGUCUUUUGAGCUGGCAGCUUGAUUUUGUUGGGAUAAGUAUUAUCUUUUCCUUUAUGUUACGUUGUUUGUCUGUUGUGGUUGUUUAUUAAUACAGGCACGGGGAAUUUUGAUUCUACUUCCCCAUGCAGCCUCUCAGCAUUAUUUUUAAAACCAAAGCCUUUGGGGGGCUAGGUUACUUAUCUUUGGCGGAGGUAAAGGUUAUGGAAAGGAAUGGAAUUGCUGGCUUCUGAUUUUUUUUUUUUCUUCCUGAGAAGCAGAGAGAAUGAAUGAUCUGCUGUGAAUGCUCUUGUGGGCACAUUUAUCUUGUUAUUUUCUUUCUAUUUGUUUCAAACAUAGCACCACCAUUGACUCUUUUCUUAUAUUUAUUAUUAUACCUUUUCAAAAAGAGGCAUUUGUUGCCCUUGCAAAACUUAAUAAGCAUCUUUAUGCUUGGUUGUGAUGUAUUGGUUUCUUUUCUUUAUAAUGAGAAAUACUUGUGUGCAUUGGGGAUA